GGCGAGGCUUUUGGACGAGAGGCAGUUUCUUCUUCUCUCGCUGACCCUGAGCCAGAAGCAAAAAUGUCUCCAAGUACACCGAAUCCAAAACUGUCCAUUUUUAUAACAAUUUAUUAAUGGCGAUCUGUCGAUACACACCGGAGGGAACGUUGCGCAUUAUCCGGCUCUCAUUAGUUUGGAUGACCAAAUUUCUAAUUCUAAUCAUUAUAUGGUGCUCUAGCAUCGUCGAAUGUUCAAGGAUUGGAUUACAGACAUUCGGUUUAAGAGGUGUAAAGCCACUAGCAGCACUUGGAGGAAGUGGAAUAAAGGAAAGAACCUUCCAAAGGCGGUGGAAGCUAUCUAGCGAUUUUCUUCCACAUUUGGAUGAUUCUAUACGUCGGGAACUUGAUGCGUUGCUAAAAAAGGAAUGCACAAACAAAAACGAUACCACGAAUCUUACAUGUAACUUGUAUUCUGAAGUUGAAAGAAUAAAAAAUAUACUUCUGCCACGAAACGUUGAAGUAUAUUUGACCAAAUACUAUAGUAUCAAACUGAUUAAGCACAAUAGCUUUUUAGGCGAUUUUAUAGAGUGGUUGUUUGGAACGAAGGAAUAUAUCACAUACACUGCAUGGCAGUAUAGACCAAACAUAUUAUACAAAGGAGGCAAUCUCACACUAGAAAUUCAUUACAAGAUACCAAUAAAUGUGCAAGGGGGAAAAGAAAUAUUAUUUGAAUCAAUUAUAGUAUAUAACUGUGACGUAACCCCGGGAAGAUACAUCGAAGGUACAGCUAUAUUCAACAGCGGAACAAUACAGCUGUUGACACAUCCAAUUUUACCGUGGAAAAAAAUAGAUGUAGGGACAUUUAGCAUGUUAGCGUCUUCACAGCCAACAGUAUUCAUGUAGUGAUUAAAAUGAUGAUAGUAAAAACCCCUAUACCACUGCACAAAAUCCAUAGUGGAGAUGAUAAACUGGAGGUCAGGAAGAGUUACAACUAACCCGGGAAGCUACAAUAAAACAAAGUACUGCAGUAUGAAACAACAAUGCAGCGAUAAUGCAUAGUGACAAAUUAACAUAAGUUUCGAUGCCAACAAGUCACUCAACCGAUCGAAGGACAGCACGGCCCGGGCGUUUACCACUGAGGCGCAUGAGCCACUGCAGCUGACUCUCAUGAAGUGAUGAUAACAGCUGAAGCUCAUUCACAGUUUCGUGAACACGGUGCUCACGAUCCACGUCCCGGAGCAAUGGUACCUGAGACCGCAGAAAGUCGCGGAUACUAGAUACACGCCGAGGCACCAACUGACGAAUUUGCGAUAAUGCCUUUUGAGCACUCAUAAACGUACGACGAUCCAAUGGACGGUAGUACUGACUGCCCAAAAUGGUGCUAUGAGCACCGGAAGUAAGCUGAUGAGCAUCAGUAACGGAUACAACGCUAACAUACCAAAGAGUAAAAAUGCUUCAGAUGAAUCACAGAUUCCUGGAGCUUACGCUCAAAGUGAAA